UUCUGGUCGUACCUUGCAAUUUCUCAUGACAAAGUCAAACCGUCGUGAUCAAAAUCACAACAACGCUCGAAAAACCUGGACGAAAAGCCGGAUAGUUGUUGAUCUGUUAUUUCGGUCGAAAGUGGUGAAAGACCGUAAAGUUUUGAGUACAUUUAACUGGCUGCUGUGUAUGAUGGAGGAUAAAGACGACUCUUCUACACCUAAUCUGACUUUAUCUGAAAAGGAUUCUGCGAUGGGGGAUGCACCACAGAAAAAGUCUCGCAUAGACCUGCAGUCCUUGCCUACUCGUCAGUACCUGGAUCAAACGGUUGUGCCAAUAUUAAUUCAAGGUUUAACUACUCUCUCUAAAGAAAGACCUUCUGAUCCUAUAAGCUUUCUUGCAUCCUACUUAAUGAAAAAUAAGGCACAGUUUGAAACUGCUGUGUCAUCAGCUUCAGGUACACCUACACAACCUUCAACAUCAGCUACGUGAUCUAUUUGGUGCUUUCCUACUAUUGUACUAUAUAAUUGGCUGUGUAUCAGUAACAGUAAUGUUGUUAAGUGUAAGGGGACAACAAAACUGACAUUCAAUGUAAUUCUCCUUUGUCAUCCAGACUAUAACCAUUCAUGAAAUGUUUUGUUGUGCACCACCUACUAUUCUAAGAUGCACAGAAAGUGUGAUAAAUAUUUCUUACCAGCUAUCAAGUUUAGCUCACCCAGAAUGUAUUUUGUGGUUAAAUUGCAAGCUAUUUUAGAUGAAAUGACAUAGGUGUAAUUUAGAUGAAAUGACAUGGGUGUAUUCAUUUCAAGUUAUGUUAAACUGUAAUUUGAACCAAUCACACUAUGAAGUCCAGCAUAGAUACCAAUUUUCCUACUUAUUAAAUAAAGCCCUGAGUUUUUCAAUUAUG